AGUAAGGCACCCUGCUCUUUCAUAUACAAAAUAUAAAAAUUAGACUAUCAUUAACUGACUAUCUGCGAUUCAACAGGGUCCUUGAAUUUCUGUUUCGUUGUCUAUGUCCAUACAAGAUUAGAUCUAGGCGAUCUAAGGCUGGUUGACUCCGUUCCAGAAUCCACGUUUAUACGUCAUUAACCUAUUUGUGUUCAUCACAGGGACAUAUGCACUGCAUGUUCCUUUUGGGUAGGCGGAGUAAAAUUAAGUGUGUUUUAACUUCGCGCGAACAUGUUGAACAGCACGCUCCGAGCCGACUUCCUUUGAAUAUAUGUUAUCAGAGGUAUAAUAUUGCAUAAUACGAAAGCAUUGCUGCCGUUGAAGACGAUCAGAGGUUUGUCAAGGCUUGAAUUCGUUAGACGUUUCGAGAAUAUCUCUCGCAUCGAGUAUUGACAAAGCACAUGUCACUUGAUUGCAAGGUAACGUGUCGUGUCGUGUUGUAUUGUAGAUCUCCAAUGUGUGUCAUCGUUUCAGUGUAUGUGAGUCAAUAAUCGUGUAGUUGUUUCGUUUUGUACGUUCGUGACUUGCUUGUCACGCGAGUGGCGUCUGCAUACCAACGUCCCACCGAGCGAGGAGAAAUUGUACAGGAUUACGGUUCUAGAUCGAAUUAAUGGAGGUCUAAAAUCAACAAACAGUUCAUCAUGAAUAAUCCUCUUCUAGUUCUCUCGCAAUACGUGUACGCAAAAAGACAAGAUGGCGGUUUUCAUUCCGGUAGAAUUGAAGGCAAAGAUCGCGAUAAUAUGUACACAGUCGAGUUCUCAGACUGCUCAAGAUCGGUUGUGAACGAAGACGAUCUCGUAUGGCUGGGUUUUUACAGUUUACCACCUCACGUUUGGCCAAACGCACCCGUAGUUCACCCCGUGAAACUACCCAAAGAGAAACGCGAUUCUUACAACGAUCAGGAAGACGACGUUGACAAUGAUUGGUCGACCAAACGACCAGAAUCGUUUAAAUUUUUGAACACGAAAGAGUUGAUCAAAGAAGGAGCAGAUUCUCCUGAGCAUUAUUUCUCCAGAGAAUGUUGCUCUUGUACAGCAGGGAAAAGACGGAGUCUGGAAACGAUUUCAAAUCGUUUAGAGAGAAUAACGCACCCGAGACAGAUGCGAUCCAGCGUCAUUCGUCUUAAUAGAAAAGUGCUGUCUCAGGAGAUCUCACAAAAUCAUGUGAAAGAUCGUUCGACCUCAUCUCUCACGCUCGAUACAAGAUCAGGCGAUGACGAAUGGUUGCCUUACAUUGAAAGACGGGACCGGUCUUUCUCAGAUAGCAGCCUUGAUUCAACAAGUUCUCACCCCUCGCCAUAUGAUCGAUAUGACCCCCCGUACUUCAACACCCCCUGCCUCACACCCCCCACGACGCCGGGUAGUCUACCCCCUCCGCUGUUUGUCUACAAACCCUACGAUACAGUCCCAUAUGGGGAGAUGGAUGCACAAGAAUGGAUCCAUGUGGAUAACCGAGACAAUGGGGGUGGUAAAAGGAGAAGACGGGAUAAUAUGAAAAAAUGUCGUAAGGUGUACGGCAUAGACAAUAGGGAUCUUUGGUGUACCCAAUGCAAGUGGAAGAAAGCUUGUUCCCGAUUUCAGAUCGGUAACUACAGGCAGCGACAUUUUUAGACUUAAAUAGAGAUAAAAAAUAUAUAAUUUAUUCGUAUUCUGUGAUUAUGUAGAAACCAAUUUGUCAAUAUAUAUCCCUGAGGCGGAAUCGUUCUAACAAACGGCGUAGUACUCGUUCAAAAAACUGUCAGAUCUUUUUGUAGGAGCCUUAUGAAGCAUUUAGAAUGUGUAAAUAGUUAAUUUAAUUCUUAAAAACAUGCAAUAAUUGUUAGGAAUUGUACACUGGUGUCUUUUCUUCUAGUCUGAACAUAACGUAUCAUGAGGUAUGAUUGAUCAGCUAACUGAUACUAGGAGUUAUACUAUGGAAAGUGAUUCUGCCUUGGAGAUACGAAAGCGUGAUAUAAUAUAGAUCUUAUCGCUAAUAACUUAAAUUUGUGCAAAUUACUCCCCGCAUAAAUGUUUAUACUUUGAAGGUUUAUACAUGCACAUGGAAACAACUUG